AUGCAUAACGCAUUGUGUAAACAUUCGUCCACUUUUUUCAUUUUUGCUUACAUUUUAGGUAAUAGAAGAUGCCGCAGACCAAAUGAAGUCUUUGACUUCUGUCCGGCACCCUGUCCCCCACGAGAAUGUGGGGUCAAUAUCGCUCUGAUUCUAUGUGCUCCAGCUCCUAAACUCGGAGAUGCAGAUUGCAAACCAGGCUGUAGAUGUGCAGACGGUUAUCUAAGAAAUAAAACUGGUAUCUGUAUACCUGAGGCUCAAUGCCCUCCAGAAUGUCCCGAAAAUGAAGUUUACGAUAUUUGUCCUGCUCUGUGCCCUCCAUUGAGGUGUGGAGUAAACCCGGCCUUGAUUCGAUGUGCCGCUUCGCCCAAACCAGGAGAUUCCAGAUGCAAGCCACAGUGCAGAUGCGCAGACGGUUUCCUGAGAAACAAAGAUGGGAAAUGCAUACCGAAGGCUCAAUGUCCACGAAAAUGCCCCAAGAAUGAAGUGUUCGACGUAUGUCCGGCUACUUGUCCCCCUCUAGAAUGUGGGGUCAAUAAGGCUCUGAUCAGAUGCGCGGCGCCUCUCAAAAAUGGCGAUCCCAACUGUAACCCCUCUUGUAGAUGUGCGGAUGGUUACCUAAGGAAUAAAGAUGGUGAUUGUGUCCCUGAAGCGGAAUGUCCAUCGGCUUGUGGCCCGAAUGAAGAGCUUUCUCCUUGUAGUAACGGUGGUUGUGGACCCUGGACCUGUUCAGAUCUAGGCUACCCAACUGGCUGCGUCAAGAUGGACCCAAGAUACUGCAAAGAAGGAUGCGUCUGUCAAGAGGGCUUCGUCAAAAAUGAUAACGGGACUUGUAUACCAAGUAGUGAAUGUUCUGAAUGUGGUGGUGAUCCCAAUGCGGUCGCUGGAUGUGGCAUAAACUGCGGCAGACUUUGCUCAAACUACAAUAAAGGACCCGUUGCCUGCACAAAAGAGUGCCUCCGAAAUGCAUGUGACUGUCGAGAAGGUUUUGUGUUGGAUGAAUCCUCUAAUAAAUGUGUUCGACCUUAUCAAUGCAAAUGCUAUAAACCCAAUGAGUUUUACGACCCGUGUCCUCCGAAAUGUCCCCCACAAACUUGUGAGAGCAUAAACAGAACAUAUAAGUGUCCCAUAUUUCCUGCCGUUUGCCAAGGUGAAUGCCGAUGUGAUCCAGGAUACUUCAGAAACAAGAUCGGAGAAUGUAUUAAAGGGGAGGAUUGCUUGAAAUGUACGGGUCCAAACGAGUAUUUCUCAUGUGGUGGCGCCUGUGACAACGUGUGCUCCACGAUCAACAAACAAAACCAGACUAUUUGUCCAAUCAUAAACAUUCAGUGCAACCCUAUGUGUUACUGCGAAGAAGGAUACGCCAGGGACGCUAAUAACAUUUGUAUUCCAAUAGAAAAAUGUCCACCACCACAAUGUAAAGAUGAUGAAAGAUACGAAGAGUGUCCCGAUUGGUUAUGCACAGCGCAAACUUGCUCACAAGUUGGAUUCCCUGUAGCUUGUCCUGCGCUAUCUGGUGAAGCUACUGUCACAUGUCCAGGCUCUCCUGCCUGUGUCUGUGAUUAUGAUAAAAUUAGAAACGAUGAAGGGAAGUGUGUGCCGUCAGAUCAAUGUCCCUCAUGUGGAGGAGAUCCUAACGCUAGACCUGGUUGUGGAGUCAACUGCGGCAGACGUUGUUCUAACUACAAUAAAGGGCCAGCUAUAUGUCCUCUUAUAUGUAUGGUAAAUGGCUGUGACUGCAAAGAUGGAUUUGUAUAUGACGAUAAUUUGAAGAAAUGUGUCCUCCCUAAAGAUUGCACACCAACUUGUAAAACGAACGAAGUUUAUGACGCUUGUGCGAAUGGUGGAUGUCAAAAGAGAAAUUGUACUCAGCUAGGAAAGCCGGACUACUGCAUUGAUGUCACCCAAUGUGUCGGAGGUUGUGUUUGCGCGAAAGGUUUCUUGAAAGCCAAAAACGGUACAUGCAUCCCUGAAAAGCAGUGUCCAAUACCAACGUGCCCAAAGUAUGAGAGGUUCGAAUGGUGCCCAGGAAGAGAGUGCUCACCACAAUCAUGUUCUGAUGUUGGUGUCCCAAGGCAAGAACCAGAACAAUCAGACAGUUCAAGUUGUGAAGGACCACCGAAAUGCGUCUGUAAAGAUGGUUAUGUAAGAAACGAUAACGGGAAAUGUAUACCAAUCACGAACUGUCCCUCAUGUGGAGGUGACCCGAAUGCAGUUUCUGGUUGCGGUACAAACAGCUGUAACAAACUGUGCUCCAACUACGACAAACCUCCAGUACCGUGUCCAAGAAUAUGCAAAGUUAAUGCCUGCGACUGUAAGCCUGGAUUUGUUUACGAUGAAAACCUUAAGAAAUGUGUUCGACCUAGCCAAUGUACUCCACAAUGUAAACCUGGUGAAAGAUAUGAGCAAUGUCCUGAUUGGCUCUGCACAGCUCAGACUUGCUCACAAGUGGGUUUCCCUAUCGCAUGUCCAGCAAUAUCUAGUAAGCUAAGUGUAUCAUGUCUAGGUUCACCUGCUUGUGUCUGUGAUAAUGAUUACGUUAGGAACGACGAAGGAAAUUGCGUACCAACGGAUCAAUGUCCUUCGUGCGGUGGAGAUCCUAACGCAGUAUCGGGUUGUGGAGUUAAUUGUGGCAGACUAUGCUCAAAUUACAAUAGAACUGAUGUCGCAUGUAUUGCAGUCUGUUAUCCAAACGCCUGUGACUGCAAGAAAGGUUAUGUGUUAGACGAGAAUACUAAUAAAUGUGUUCUUCCUACACAAUGCACACCAACUUGUGGAGAAAAUGAAAUCUACAGCUCUUGUUCCAACGGUGGAUGUGGAAAGUGGAAUUGCUCACAACUGGGGCAACCUGACCUCUGUAUUGAUGUGAUAGAGUGUUUUGGAGGAUGCGUGUGCAAGACAGGCUACCUACGCACAGAGGAGGGUAUUUGUGUACCUGAAAAAGAGUGCCCAGCACCUACGUGUCCUGAAUAUGAAAGAUUUGCAUGGUGUCCAGAAGUUCUUUGCUCUCCACUUUCCUGUACGGACGUUGGGUUCCCUAUAGCCUGCCCAAUAAUAUCUGAAAUCUUGAAGUGUCCAAGUCAACCACAAUGUGUCUGUAACGAUGGUUACGCGAGAAACAGUGAUGGCAUAUGUAUACCUAUCAAGGAAUGUCCAUCGUGCGGUGGAGAUCCAAAUGCUGUAUCCGGCUGUGGUACAAACAGAUGCAACAGACUUUGUUCUAAUUACGACAAACCACGAGUUCCAUGUACAAAAAUAUGUUUGCUAAAUGCUUGCGACUGUAAAAAAGGAUUCGUAUUCGACGAAAAUAUUGGAAAAUGUGUACCUCCAAAAGAGUGUUCACCAACAUGCGGGCCAGACGAAGUUUUUUCUGAAUGUAUUAACGGCGGUUGUCAAGCCAAAAAUUGUUCUCAAGUCGGCAAACCAAUACCCUGCAUAAAAAUGGAUACUAAAAAUUGCAAAAAGGGAUGUCUUUGUAAGGAGGGAUAUUUACGAAGAGAUGACGGUGUAUGCGUACCCCAGGAUCAAUGUAACCAAUGCAAUAAGCAGAACGAAUACUACGACUCGUGUGCGCCAACCUGUCCCCCGCAGACUUGUGAGAGCAUCGGCAAAGUGUACCGUUGUCCCGUAACUACAGCUGUCUGUAAGGGAGCCUGCCGAUGUAAUAAGGGAUACUUCAGGAACAAAAUCGGGGACUGUAUUGCAGGAGACGACUGCUUGAAAUGUACGGGUCCAAACGAGUACUUCUCUUGUGGCGGUGCGUGCGACAAUGUUUGUGCUACUCUUAGCCAACAAAAUCAGACGAAUUGUCCCAUCGUGAACAUCAAGUGCAACCCCAUGUGCUACUGUGAGGAAGGGUAUGCCAGGGACGAUAAGAACAUUUGUGUACCUAUAGACAAAUGCUCAGUUGCGUGUGGAGGAGACCCGAACGCAAAACCAGGGUGUGGUGUGAACUGCGGUAGACGUUGCUCUAACUAUAAUAAGGGGCCGGCUAUAUGCCCUCUAAUAUGUAAAGUAGAUGGUUGUGACUGCAAAGACGGCUUUGUGUUUGAUGACAAUUUAAAGAAAUGUGUCCUGCCUAAAGAUUGCACACCAGUAUGUGGAAACAACGAAGUAUACGAUUCAUGUGCAAAUGGGGGAUGUCAAAAGAGAAACUGCUCCCAAUUUGGAAAGCCCAAAGUGUGUAUAGAUCCCAUCAAAUGUAAUGGAGGAUGUGUCUGCCAAACGGGAUACUUACGAGCCGAAAACGGAACUUGUGUACCUGAAAACCAAUGCCCUGGUAUAUGUCAAAAAGCAAACGAGUAUUAUGACCCUUGCCCUCCUAUAUGUCCUCCACAAACUUGUGACAGUCUGAACAAAACGUACUUUUGCCCAGCAACUAUAAUUAAUGGGAGUAAAAUAUGCCAAAGCGCUUGUCGAUGCAAGGAAGGAUUCUUCAGAAAUUCAGUCGGUGAAUGUAUCUCGAAAACUGAUUGUUUAAAAUGCACGGGACCUAACGAAUAUUUCGCAUGCGGUGGAGCUUGUGACAAUGUUUGUGAAACUUUAGAUAAACAAAACCAGACGAACUGCCCUAUUAGAAAUAUCAAAUGUAACCCUAUGUGUUACUGUAACGAAGGGUACGCUAGGAAUGAUAAACAAAUAUGUGUGCCUAUUGAACAAUGUCCAGUAAAAUGUACUGGUCCCAAUGAGCACUUUGCUUGUGGUAGUGCUUGUGACAAUGCAUGUGCUACUCUUAGUAAGCAGAAUCAAACAAACUGUCCGAUUAAAAGUAAGAAAUGUAAUCCCAAAUGUUACUGCGAUGAAGGAUACGCAAGGGAUGAUAAUAACAUAUGUAUACCUAUAGCACAAUGUGGAGUGUCUUGUCGUGGGGAUCCCAACGCUGUUGAAGGAUGUGGCACGUAUUGUGGAAGAAGGUGUACUGAUUACAAUCAAGGACCGGUCGCAUGCCCAGCCAUCUGCAUUCUAGACGCUUGUGACUGCAAACAAAAUUACGUUUAUGAUGAUAGUAUCAAGAAAUGUGUUUUACCUAAAGACUGCAUCCCCGUUUGUAAAGAGAAUGAGUUUUAUGAUAAAUGUUCUAAUAUGGGAUGCAAUCAGAGAAAAUGUUUUGAAGUUGUCGACCCAACUGCGGCCAAAGAAAUUGUUGAAUGUAUUGGAGACUGCGUUUGUGUUAAAGGAUUUUUGAGGAACGAAUUUGAUAUUUGUGUUCCCGAAAAUCAAUGUAGAAAAAUAUGUGACAAAUCUCAUGAAGUUUUCGACCCUUGUCCGUCAACAUGCCCACCGCGAACGUGCGAUGGUCUCAACAAGAUGUACGCUUGUCCUAUAGCUGGAGAAAAGCCUCCUUGCAAUCCCGACUGUGUCUGCGAUAAAGGCUACUAUAGAAACAAUUCAGGAGCUUGUGUAACCCGUGAAGAAUGUGGUGCAUCCAACAUGACUAGUCCACAAACACCAGUAAAUAAAACUGAAGCCACAGAAAGGCUGAACAACGGAGCUAUUAUAGUAGCCGGAGAAUUUUUAUAUCAAUUAGCAACAAGCUCGCCAAACGACAACAUAAUAUUAUCAGGAACAUCUGUUGUCAUAGCUUUGGCCCAACUAGCUCUUUUCACAACAGGAUUAGUAUUGGAACAGCUUCUGAAAUUCAUCAACUUGCAAAAUAAGGAUGAGAUUCGCGCUGUUUUCCCUGCAUUAAUCAAGAGCUAUCAAAACCAAAGUAAUGUGGAAUUUACGGCAGUUUCAAAAUAUUACGCUAAUAAGGAUUAUCCUUUGAGUGAUUAUUUCAAACAAGAGUCCAAGAAAAUAUUCAAGUCUACUGGAGAAAAUCUUAAUUUCGACUUAGCUGAUGAGGCUGCCAAAAUUAUAAAUAAAUGGGUUGACGAUAAUACAAAUGGUAAGAUUCAAGACUUGGUGAAACCAGACAUGUUUAGUGAUGACACCCGACUGGUUUUCGUCAAUGCAAUUUAUUUCAUGGGUAACUGGGUAUAUCAGUUUAAUCCAAACAAUACUGAAAAGAAAGAGUUUUACAAAAGCAAUGGCGAAACGGUGACCGUAGAAAUGAUGUACCAAAAGAACCGAUUCGACUACACCGAAAACGACCAGUAUCAGGCAAUAAAAUUGCGAUACAAAGGAAAUGCAUUCAGUUGCAUAGUUGUUCUUCCAAGGAAGAGGGAUGGCUUAUUAAACACAAUUAAGACUCUACAGAACCCUAAAGAGUUUAAUAACAUGAUUAAAAAUCUUCAAAGACAAGAAGUUGAAGUUAGCAUUCCGAAAAUGUUAAUAAAAACAGAAAUGAAUAUUGCUGAAAUGCUUCAAAAGGACAAUGUAACAGCUAUGUUCGAUCCAAAUAAUAAGGACUUCGAUGGUAUAUUGGAAAAGAAAGAAGAUAUUUAUGUAUCUGCAGCUAUACAGCAAGCAUAUUUAUCAUUUAAUGAAAUAGGAUCUGAAGCUGCAGCCGCUACAGCUGUCGUUAUAAACACAAGAUCUCUUAAGCCUUUGCCAACUGCAGUAUUCAACGCCAACCGUCCUUACAUAUUCUACAUCAUGUUUGAAGACACAGUUUUAUUCUGUGGAUAUUUUGUUAAAUAAGCAAUUAUUUUUGGCGUUACAUCAGCAAUGUUACCUCCUCCAAAACCCGUUAUAUUUUAUGC